AUGGACAACACAAGUAGCAUCGCCGGCUUACAAGGUAAUUUAAAUGAUUCAAAGAAUGGCACGUUCUUCUAUACGCCGUCGCCGAUCGGACCCGACUUCUUUACAGCAUACAACAUUUAUUUAUACCUCAUGAUCACUCUUGGUGUGCUCGGUAACCUGAUUGUGCUAGCCGUAUUCCUCUGUAACCGCCCGUCAAACACGACCGACUGGUUCAUACUGGCUAUAACCAUCUGUGAUUUCAUCUCUUCGGCUGUAAAUAUUCCAGUCUAUGCUACAUUCACCAACGGAUACUGGCGAGUCUAUGGAACAACUCUGAUAUGUCGACUUCAUAUGUUUUUAAGUCAGUCUAUUGUGCUAUCCUCUGCCUUCUUGAUUUGUGGACUAGCUUUGGACAGGUACUUGAAGAUUUGCAGACGUCUCUCAUCCUUUACAACAACGCGCGCGCGCAACGCUUGUUUUCUCAUAACUGCGUCAACAACACUUUUGUCAAUACCUUCCUAUGUUAUGUAUGAAAAUCGAGCUGGCCGGUGUGUAUCAAUUGUCAUGAAUUCAACACUGUUCUCAUACUAUUUCUUUGUUUUCAUGAUAUUUGUAUUUGCUACAAUUGUUGUCGUGUUUUCCUACUGGAAAGUUACCAAAGCAGUUGUAUUUAGUGAGUCAAAUAUUGCAAGACAUACUAUGAACAGAAACACAGAAAACGGAUACAGUACCUUCUGCUGCUGUUUUUCCUCUAACAACAGAGUCGUACCGGCACAAUCUACAUCCAACAUGUCUCGUAGCGGGCUUUUUAAAGACACUGUUGUAAAUACAACAUGUGAACAAUCAUCAAGUAUUGCACACACAGAAAACGACAAAGACCAUCUCAAUGUAACAAGGCCAAAAGACACGACUGCCGCAAAUCUUCAAGGGCAAGUUACAACCGUUUCCGGUCAGUUUGCAGAUAAGACCUAUAACAAAAAUCAGCAUAUUUCAGCAAAAACCGACAAGCAAUCACAACUACAUAAUUCAGCAAGUUUGAGAACAACAAAAAUUUCGUUUUUAGUGUGUUCUGUAUUCAUUUUGUCUUGGAUACCACCAUGGCUAAGCUUUGUCCUUGCGUCUUUUCCUAGUAUGACAUCCAACUUGAAUGUUGUAAAGUUCAUGAUGUUUGGAAGAAUGACGUAUCUGAUAAAUGGAUUCUCAAACCCGAUCAUAUAUACAUUGCUGAACAAAAAGUUUCGAAGACGUAUUGUUAAAAUAUUUUGUCGCCACAAUUUGUAA